ACUGCCGCAUGGGCGCGGCGGACGCGGUGACGCGCCACGGCUCCCUGGGUUCGCUUCCCAUUGGGUGCGCGCAUACAAACACCGCUGCCGAGUGUAAUACUCGCACCCUGCCUAAACCUGACAAGAGCAAGCAGGCUUUCAGCGUGUUCAGGAAGCGCGUGACGAGCGAGUCUCGCGCGUGCUGCGCCAAGGACGCGCGCGACAAGCAGCCGCAAGGCAAGAAGAAGCGCUUCGACUUCACGCCCACCAGGGACAUCUUCAAGAGCUUCAAGGUGAGUCGCAAGAUGAAGAAUCUCAAAAUAACCACCGGCCUCGGCAAAGGCGAGACGAAAAGCUGCGAGUUCCUCGAUGAGACCGAACCCAUCGCCACCAACCGCUGCUCCAAGUCAGUCGAGUGUUUGGAAGACAACGACGAGUUCGACGAUUUCGACGCCGACCUGUCGAUAGAGUUCAACGACGACGCGGUCACAACACUAGCGCUGCCGCAAGAGAUCGUGGAUUUGAUAAUACGCGGCCGAGAACAAUUCAAGAUACGGUUGAAGGACGCGGGUGAGAGUGACUACUUGCCAAUGUCUCCAGGGUUGCCGCCGCCUCCCUUGGGGCAGUAUAUGACUAUGUCGCCGCGCACCAACCUGGCUUGAAUUGUGACGUGAGUUGUGUGAUAUUUUGGUUACUUUUGAUAUGACUCGAUGGACGGAGAGAGGCAGCUUCGUCGAUCAGAAUCAAAGUCAGCCAAUUCCAAGUAUAAGAGUACCACACUAGUUUUCGUUGAGCGUCAGCAAAGAUUUUUCAAUAAUUUUGAAUAUUAAAACAAAGAUUUGAAAUAAUUUGUAACAUCGCAUAUGAAACAUUCCUUACAAACAGGAACCUGACGCUCGAAAAACACUAGGGUAGGCAUACUUAGACACACAACUCAAAUGCCUAACAAUUUUAGUUAUUAAAAGCAACAUAACCUUAGUCAAUAAAAACCAUCAUUGGCAACUUUUGGAUAUAAAAAUCCUUACUGAAGUUUAUAUUAUACUCUUUUACAUAAAAUGGGUGUUGCUGACUUUGUUUCUGUAUAAUUUUUGAGACGGAUGUUAUCGAUUUUAGCGGCAUUUUUUGCCAAAUAUGUACGUAAUAAUGUACGUUAUUUAGUAUUUUGUUUAAAGUUUCAACGGUCUAAGACGUUUUACGCAGUGUGUGGAAAAACGUGUUGUUCAUCAAUACUGCUAUUGUUGCUUGGUUCUUGUACAAAGCUUUUGCACUUUUGAUGAUACUGCUACUGGUUUUCACUGAGAAAUAUUUAAUACAAAAGGUCCUUGAUUCUGGUCAAAUACUAAAGCCCGGUCCGUGAGCACGUAGAAUUUUGUCCAAUGACCCUAGCUACCCAUCCUUAUCGCUCGCGCGUAAUUAUAUUGCUGUCGCGACUGUACGACUGGCACCCGCAGUGAGUGUGCGAGCGCGAUAGCAACAUAAUUACGCGCGAGCGAUAAGGAUGGGUAGCUAGGGGUCAUUGGACAAAAUUCUACGUGCUUACGGACCAGACUAUACCUACGGAUAAAGUACCUACCGUCCUUUCUAUUGAUCUCAUAACUUAUUCUUGAUUUACUUUAAGCCCGUCUGGAACAGUUUUAUUGUGAUCAAACCUAACUCAUGCGUGAGUUCAUGAAAAAGCAUAACAUCAUAGAAUCUAUUCUUUACACAGCUUGACACAAGACCUAAAUUACAACAAAUCAUUGGUAUAUUCCUUCAAAUUCUAUUGUAUUAAUCCUGAACACUACUUUUAAGUUUGCUAUAAUGUCAUAUUUACCGAUAACUAAGCAAUUAUUAUCGUAAAUACUCAAGCCAGAUUUUCUGACGUAUUCUGUCGUGUCGUGAUGGCUUCUGACGUCGAAUGAUGUAUGAAACCGAUCCCGGUGUGAUGCAUCACGAUGCAACAUGCCAGACAAAUAUAAAUCCGGCGAAACGAACGUCCAGACGAAGGAUAGCCUCUGCGUGAAGUAGCUAGUCAGAAGUGCAGCAACUUUGAUCUCCCACCGAACUUACCAGUUCACUAUACAUAGUUACAUACAAUAUACCUUAGAAGCGUAUAUUUUUGAUACGAACUUUGUCGAGAUAAAAACUUCCUAUAUUGGCCUAAAUCGUGUUGGAUAGACAAAACUAUUAUUUACAUUACAUAUUGUAAACUCGUAUUAAAAUAUACGUUCAGCAACAGAAGUAGGUACUGUUGUCAAAAUCAAUACUCGUUGAUAUCAAAGAGAUGGUGCGAAAAUGGGGAUCAAUCAGUAUUUUUCAUUAUUUUUUGUUUUAUUUAUGUUGUUAAAUUCAGUAAGUUUACAAGUUAUGGUUUUGACAAUUAUACAAAGAAUAUACUUUUACAGUUUAAAUGGGGCAGUUGACAGCAUAAAUCAAUAAUUACAGGGAAUUACUUAUCUAAAAGAACACUUCAUUCUGGCCCUAACACCGAUUGGUAUUAAAUCAACCUCAAGUUCGUGGUUUUCAAUUGUGUUGGGGAAAAAGUGACGUCAUAAG